CUCUUAGUGCUGUGUUCGAAAUAUGACUGUGUAGUUUUAUUCGAAUGCAGUGAAUUUUCACAUUUUGCUGCUGCGAAAACUUAAGACGACCAUAGGCAGUUUAUUCGUUCACCCAGACUCUCGUCAGACGUGUUUCUGAGAACAGUCUAGAGUGCAACAAUAUUCAAUAGUAAGUUGACUCCGGGGUUGACUGCGCAACUGUGAUCUUGAAUAUUCGCCUGCCAUGGGGUUCAGACCGACGUACAGAAAACCAGCAGUGAUCGGUAGACCGCUGGCAUGGUACGCCAGAUUCUUCUUUUACGGACUUCACGGAUUCUUUGACGAGAUUGCUUUCACGGCCGUGUACGACUUCGUCUUUCUGAAGCCCGAUGUUAAGUUAAUAGGGUACACUUCCCUCUACACGUUUGUUAUCUACGGUUUGUUCAGCAUGAUAGCCGAGCGACUGUAUAUUAACAUGUGGUAUAAACACCGUGUUUCAAUUGUGAUACGAAUGAUUUCAUACUUGGCGAUUGGCUACACAUGGGAGUUCUGCUGGGGCCUGAUAUUGCGCCAGUUCGAUGCAUGUUCCUGGGAUUACUCCGACAUACCACUGAAUGUGAUGGGACUGAUUACUUUUUCAUAUGCUCCUUUCUGGCUACUACUGAGUGCAUACCAAGAAUGGGUUUUCGAGUUUAUUUUCAAAUUGCGUGUCAUCCUCCCAUCGGUACCGUUAUCUGUAAGAGAGAAGUUGCUGCUAUUUCGAGUUGGAAACGAACCAAUGGCAGAAGAUGAUAUAAUUAAGGAUCAUGAUGACUGA